GGAGAAGCUACACUUGCUGCUGAUUUACGGAAACUUGCCUCGCUGAUUCCUAAUGAUAAAGUUGAUCUUUUACCAAGUUGACGUUCAGGAAAAACCAGAUCAUCCCAUUUUAUUUGCCACCAUAAAUCGCCUAAAUCAACCUCGAAUUUGAUCUUCUUACUAACAAAAUGGGCGACCAAAGCGAUUAUUGCGAUGAUAACCAUUGAUACUCCAAUAAUUGGAAACACUGAAUGAUUAUAAUCGUGUUUAAUUGUGUUUAAUCGACGCUAGUAAUUGGCCAAUCGAAAGCACAUAUCAACAAGUACGGAAAGAAUGAUCAAAUAUCAACAAGUGAAACACUCGCCAUUGAUGUUAUUUUGGUGAUCCAAUUUUUCUUUGUGUUGUCUGACUCUUCACAAUUGAAAGUUUACUUUAUUGGAUACAAUUAUAGUUGAUCAGUCUUUCAAUCUUUGGUCCAUCAACUGUAGCUGCUAAUUAAGAGAUUAAUUAUCUGUGAUAUUCACAAGUCGGAUCUGUCAAGCAAAGAACUGGUCAAAGUUUAGUCAUGGUUAAAUUCAAAGCUGGAGAUGUAAUACAACAAGAUAAACCAUUUGUCCAUGUAUUGAACCUGUCCGAACGAGGUAAAAGAUGUGACCAUUGUUUUACUGCUAGCCCUAAGCUUCAGCGAUGCUCACGUUGUAAAGUCAAGUUUUAUUGCAGUAAAGCAUGCCAAGCAGAAGAUUGGUCGGCUGGUCAUAAAUUGGGUGAAUGUUUACUGUAUAUUGCUGAUAUUGACAAGUUUAAUGGUCGAUUGAUCAAUUUGGACACACCUCGAUUGCUUCUACGGUUAUCACUCAUACUAACCAAAAAACCUGAACAAGCAUUUAAAAGCUAUGCCACAAACCUUAAUGAUGGUUCACCGAGAACCUUCAACUCACUAAUGGAUCACAAAGAAAACCUUGAAAAAGAUGAAAAUCGAGUCACUAUUUACGAGGAAAUGUGUUACCUUUACGGAACAUUGAAUUGUUUCUUCGAUCCCGAUCAAAUUUUAUCUAGCUUUGGUAAGUUGUUGAUCAAUGGGUUUACAAUUUUGGACAAUACAUUCUCCGAGAUUGGUUAUGGUAUCUUCAUUGGAGCCUCACAAUUUGAUCAUAGCUGUAAACCGAACUGUGUUCCUGUGUUUGAUGGUACAACUCUAAGGAUUAGGGCAAUGACUGACAUUGACACCGAAGUCGAACCCAUACUAAUUACUUAUCUAGAUAUAACCCAACCAACGGAGAAAAGAAGAGAAAUUCUUUCUAACAAAUAUUAUUUCGAUUGUGAAUGUGCUAGAUGCAAAGAAGGUCCCAACAUAGAGCCUUGGUUUGAAGAAAAACUCACAAAUUUCAUCAGAUUAACUAGUGAAAGAAGAUGGAAAGAUGCUGAUGAACUGGGAAGAGAGUUAUUACCUGUCUUUGAAAGUUAUUUUCAAUAUCAUCAUCCAGAAUUAACCGUCCAUCUAAUGCAGUUAUUGCAAAUUCGGCGUAAUAUGGGUGCAAAGGUUUACAGUUUAUCUGAUAGAAUCACCAAAGAUAUUAAAGAAAAGCUCUACAAAUCAAUAAUGAUUACCCAUGGAUCUGAUCAUAGUCUAUACAAGAAUGAAUAUUUUGAUUUGAUGAAAGAUUUAGACUGAACGUGAUACUUUCUGCAUUAAGUAGCCUCUGUUUGACUACAUAUAUUGAAACGCAGACAGCAAUAAUACUCAUUAAAAUCCAUAACCGAAUAUUAGAUGAAAAACUGGAAAUGAUAUUUAAUAACAUCUUUAUUGGUUUGAUUUCAAGAAAGAAGUAAUUCUGGACAUCGCUUGAUUCAUUAUGGAUUUACAAACAUUUCGACAUAAUAGUUUAGACAACUGAAAUAUGGUGGAAAUUAAACGUUACCUGUAUUGAUGGAUUCUCAUCACGAAAUCACAACCCUCAUGUCACAAAUUCAAUACUUUCAUUGUAAAAUGACCAUUAUCUUCUUAAUUGUCUUUAUAAACGCAAUUUGUUCGAUUUCUUCCGAAUUGACCUCAAUAUAAUGGUUUUUGUGGUUUUAAUUAAGCUGAUCAGAACUAAUUUAAAACUAGUCUUGAAAAACUCUCACUUUCAGCUCUUAUUGAAAUACAAUUACAAGAAAAAUGGAUUAUUAUUAAGCGUUUAUUUCAACAUGUAAUAAUUGCAACUAAAAAUAUAUUAAAUGUGUGAUUUUUAUAAAAA